CCUGAGCCAUAUCGCCCAUCCAAGUUCCAGCCAAUCUGUCAGCCAAAACAACCCCUGCUAUGCGCCAAUGAUGUCGUACGUAUAUCACUGGUUCACUAAUUCUGACACUGGUAUCCGUACUCUACUGACCGUUGAUCCCCGAAACCUGGAUUUGGAAUCCUUUGGCACAACAGCUGUGCUGUUGCCAUCUUCAUAUCCACCCUCUUCGUCCCAUUAAUCUUCUUUUCUCUCCUCUUCACUAAUACCUACCUCGCUCCAUUCCAUUCAACUCCUGAGAAAUGGUCCUUCCAUCAUUCAAGGCACUGGGGGCCCGGAGACGGGAAAGAAAGGAAGUCAGAUCAACAUCCGACGGCAUUCUCGAACCAGAACACCAUUCUGAUCGCACCUUAACACCAACCUACACACCAGGCGUAGACCUCAAAAAAGCAACACAUGUUCGGAAAACAUGGAUUCUCCUAUCAUGUCUAUUUUUCUUCAUCUCCGUCAUCUUCAUCAUUCUCGUACGUGCAUCCUCUCACCACCACCACACUUCACUACUGACAUGAACCAAACCAGACCGAAAUCGGUAACCUCAACAACCGAGCUGGCCUUCGAGAUACCUAUUUCUUCAAACUCAAUCUCUCCAAUAUAAUACCCGUGUCCACGCCCGACGACAUCACACUCGUCAACUCCCUCGCCCGUUCACUUGGCCUGCACGAUUUCUACCAAGUCGGGCUCUGGAACUUCUGCGAAGGAUAUAAUGGCGAAGGAAUCACCUACUGCUCACCCCACCAAAGAAUGUACUGGUUCAACCCCGUCGAAAUCCUGCUCAAUGAAUUGCUAUCCGGAGCCACUAUCACUCUCCCAGCAGACAUCAACAGGAUCCUUUCCCUCAUCCGGAUCGCUUCUCAUGCUAUGUUCGGCUUCUUCCUCACUGGGUGUGUCAUGAAUUUCAUUAGUAUCUUCACCGCGCCUACAACUUUAUACUCGCGCUGGUGGAGUUUACCAUUCGCAAUCUGGACCUUUAUCGCUGCGCUCCUGACUGCCGCCGGUGCCGUCAUUGCCACAGCCAUGUUUAUCAUCUUCCGGAACGUGAUUACCAGUCAGGAAGGACUUAAUAUCGGCGCCGAGGUUGGGACGCAGAUGUUUGCGUUCAUGUGGGUAGGAGCCGCAUUUAGUAUCUUUGGUUUCGUCAUCCACUCAGGUCUGAGCUGCUGCUGCGCUAGUAGAAGGGACGUGAAGACGGGCCGUCGAAUGGGAAGCAAAAAAGCUUAUGGGGACGUGGCGACGGAUGAGAAGAGGAGGCCAGUGGGCAUGAGCCAGAGACUCAACCCUACGUCUCUAUUCCGGCGCAAGAAGAACUCGGGACAAGCGGUGUAAUGACAUAAUCAUAAGUGUCUGGAUACAGUAUAUACUUGUAGUUUGCUAAUGGAUAAGGGAUUUGACAUGGAUUGGGAAAAGAUUGCAUUUGCUGGGCGUUGGAAGAGGUUGGGUUUGACUUUGACUUUGCGGGGCUUUAGCGCUGGGAACCGGUUGCUUGGUUGGAUAGCACGUGUUUUCAAGCUUUGUGUGUGUGUGUAUAGAUAUACCAUAGUAUAAUAUCAGCAGAGACUGAUUUGUUUUUCUCUUCCUUCAAA